AUGAACUCUGUCGCACCCACGAAGAUAAUUUGCACGCUGGGCCCAGCAAGCAGCACGGAGGACGCGAUUAAAGGCCUUGUUGAGGCGGGGAUGGUGAUUGCCCGGAUAAAUCUGAGCCAUGCCUCCCUGGAGAGCACUUCCGCCAUCCUUCAGGUCCUGAAUAGGGUGCGCUCUGAGGCAAAGUAUGCGCAUUUGGCCAUUGCCGUGGACACGAAAGGGCCUGAAAUAAGGACGGGAGUCUUUCCCCGUGAAGUCUCGCUCUGCGCGGGGGACCGCAUAAGCAUCACCACAGACCCAAAGUAUGCAGAGUCUUCCUCCAGGGAGAGAAUUUACAUAGACCACGCCUCCGUGUACGCUGACCUCACAGAAGAGAGCACGAUGAUAUACAUUGACGACGGGAGAGUCGGCCUUAGAAUUCUCUCUGUCUCGCAGGAGGAGAGGGAGAUACGGGCGGAAGUGGUGACUCCCGGGGUGGUUUCAUCCCGGAAGGGCGUAAACAUCCCCGGAGCCCACAUAUCCCUCCCCAGCAUAAGCGAGAAAGAGAAGGCGCUGAUUCUCCUGGGGGCAGAGCAGGGGGCAGACUACGUAUUUGCUUCUUUCACCAGGAGCAAGGCAGACGUAGACGGCCUGAGAAGUCUCGUUGCCUCCUCUGGGAGUCCCGUGCAAAUCAUUGCGAAGAUAGAGAAUGUCCAGGGAGUCUCCAACUUGCGGGAGAUAACGGAGGCCUCAGACGGGGUGAUGGUAGCCCGCGGGGAUCUUGGCGUGGAGAUGGACUAUGCAGGAAUAUUCCCCAUCCAGUGCCGAAUUUCGAAUGUGUGCAGGGCCCUGGGGAAGCCGUUUGUAGUUGCUACGGAGGUACUGGAUAGCAUGACAAGCUCAAAAAAGCCUACGCGUGCAGAAAUAACGGAUCUCUCUUUUGCUGUUAUGAGUGGGGCUGGGGGCGUUAUGCUGAGUGCAGAAAGUGCGAAGGGAGUUGACCCCGUGAAUACCGUGCAGGUCAUGCACAGAAUCAUCCGGAAGGUCUCAGAGUCUCCGUACGCCCUGGACGGGAGUGUGAAGAGCGGGGGGCAGGAGAUCGUCUUGUGCGUGUCCAAGUCGCUGCGCACUGUCCGGGGAAAGCACCUUCUCUACGGGCACUGGUCUCUCUAUGCAGAUGCGUGUAGUGCAGAAAGUGUGUGCAUACCUGACGGGUACACGGUGAAAGAGGAAAUAACGGAGUGA